GGUAAAUUAGCCAACCAAAGAGCCGACCUUUCCACCUCUUACCAACUGCCAAACGCUAGGUCCAUCAUUAGUAUCAUGUUGAGCCGUCGAAUUCAAGCUAUACGCCCUUUUUUUAAAGAAUCUUUUCUCUUAAAUGCCAGAAGAAUGGCUACCGAGGCAAAUGUUUCGACUACUGCAUCGAAACCCGAAGCAGCGGAAGAAAAACUGAAGACGUUUGAGAUUUACCGCUGGAAUCCUGAGCGUCCAGAUGUAAAGCCUAAGCUUCAAAAGUAUCAAGUGAAUUUGAAAAAUUGCGGACCUAUGGUUUUAGAUGCGUUAAACUCGAUUAAGAAUGAACAGGACCCUACUUUGACUUUCCGCCGCUCUUGCCGUGAGGGUAUUUGCGGAUCUUGUGCUAUGAACAUUAAUGGUAGCAACACUUUAGCUUGUUUAUGCCAUAUUAAGAAUGAUGAUAAGCCAACAAAGAUUUAUCCUUUACCCCAUUGUUUCGUAAUUAAAGAUUUGGUUCCCGACCUUACCUACUUCUACAAGCAAUACAAGGCUAUUGAACCUUGGUUGCAAAACAACAACAUUCCUAAAGGAAAGGAAUUGUACCAAUCUCGUGCGGACCGUGAAAAACUCGAUGGUUUAUAUGAAUGUAUUUUAUGUGCUUGCUGCUCUACGUCAUGUCCUUCUUACUGGUGGAAUUCCGAAGAGUACUUGGGUCCAGCUGUCUUGAUGCAAGCUUACAGAUGGAUCAUUGAUUCUCGUGAUGAAGGUACACCUCGUCGUUUAGCUGCUAUGCAAAACUCCAUGUCUGUGUACAGAUGUCAUACCAUUAUGAACUGUGCCCGUACUUGUCCCAAGGGUUUGAACCCUGGUUUAGCUAUCUCCAAAUUGAAGGCUCUUAUGGCUACUUCUUAAAUUAGACAUGAUUUUGUUUUUUGAAUGUACAACAUCUUUCCCCCCAUUCUUCAAUGAACGUUGGAAGCAAAUCCGUGGAGGUUUGCCAAUGACUGUUUUGGCGCUGUUCAGUUUACGUUCUCCUUUCUAUUCCACAUCACAAUCUCAAUAUUAUAUGCGGUUUCAAUCUGCAUAAUUAGGAUUAUAGGAUAUUCCUUGCUUCGUUUGGCUAAUCUCGUCACCACUUUACUAAUGAAUCCUAGUUUGAAUGUUUCUAUUUUAUCAAAUAUUUUAAAUCCCCCUCUUAAAAGCCUUUCUAGGUUGCUACAGCCUUGUAUUUUCACA